AUGGCGUUCCACACGCCGGUAAAGGCGUUGAAUCCGGUCGACACUAAGCUACCUGAUCAUGUUGUCAAGGGCGCUGUGAUUGUUGAUGAUAAAAUCCAUAAGUGGAAUCCAAGUGUUACACUCGAAGCUAAUGGGCCUAUGUCAGCUUUCAUAGUUAUAGACAAGAAGCUGAGUGCGGGUUGUGGAAUAGGCUCUAAAUGGAAAUUGCAGUCAGGAGACGUCAAUGAGGUCAUAAGACGUGUUGUGGUCGACUUGAAAUUACCUCCCAGUGAAGAGUAUGGGCUCAUUUUCGAGGAACCGAAAGCUUUUCUCACACCUUCUAAUCUGAGUCGAGUGAGCCAUGGAUUUAUGCUCACUGUGACCGCAGCACCUGUUAUCCAGUAUUCUCUUCUGAUGAUCUUUAGGCUGAUAUAUAUUGAAAGCAGUCAAUCGUGUCUCAGCCUUUGUCUGAGUUCUCUUCGAUCUAUUCUUCAAUUGGGGGUUGACGAUGUGGGGUGGAGCAGAGCUUCACCGUUUCUAGUCAGCAAGCUUGCAACUCUGGUCACUGAGUUACCUUUAGGUAGAGCAAAACGAGAGGAUUCGAAUGUCGUCUUCAUUGCUUUAGGCAUGAUUGAACAACUUCUCAACAGCGACAGCGAAACGAUUCAAGAUCUUGUUUUGUCUGAAGUGCCUGCCCAAUCAUUGAUUCGUCAUUUGGAGAAAUCUGACGAAAGAGUUGCCCUGGCGGCCCUGUCACUUAUGAACGCUUUGCACGAGAAGAGCGAUGCGCCAAGUCGGGAGCAGAUUGUGAAG